AUGAUUCAUUUUGGCCUAAUUCUAGGUUAAAUGCAUGGAAUCAAGCAGACGAAAUUAAGUCAAAUAAUCAAGUUUACAUAAUCUUUUCAAUUAUCUAUUAGAGGAAAAUAUUAUUUUCAGAUUUUUUAUCACAUAUGUAUCAACUAUGUAUCUUAAGGAAAAGAUUAUGAAAAGUUAUUAUUUUCAGAUUUUUUAUCAAGUAUAUAUCAAGUAUAUAUCUUAAGGAAAAGAUUAUAAAAAGAUAAUUAAAAUAAUUCAAUUUUUAUAAGAGAAUUAUAAUAGCGAUUUGUCACAAUUGUUCCAAGUUGCUCGAUAACAAAUUUAUUCACAGGAAUAAUCAGCAAUUCAUGUAUUUUAUUCUAUUGUCAUUCCAUAAAUAAAUUAAGUAUUUCUGACUUUUCAGUUUAUAAUGAGAAAGAGAAUCGAUUAAUGGCCACGUUUUGAAUCAUCGCUUCCCAUUCGUGAAUUUGUUUAGUCAAAUAAUUAUCUUCAGAUUCUUCUUUGCAUGUAAUUUCUACGUACUAUUUACAUACAUUAUAUUCUUACAUGUUUAUUUUUUCUUCAUGAAACCUUGACGAAGUAAUCCAACUACUGUUACUUUCAGACUAAAGUUAUGACAAUAUAAUUUUCUGAUGUUUAUUUAACAAUUAUCAUGCGAGAUUGACCUUCUAUAACAAGAGAGGAAGAAAAUUAAACGUUAAACGUCAUUUAUCUGAAAUAGAUAAAUUAUGAAGAGGGACAUGAUAAUUACUUACAGUGUUUUCACUUGCUGCUCUACUACUUAGCAUUUAAAAUUCCUUUUCGUGCCUAUUUCAUUAAUCAUUUUAUUUCGUUCAGUGGCAUCAUGACAUGCAGACACGUGUUAUAAUAGUAUAUAGUCACCUGUAUCGAAGUUCCUUGAACGUAUUUGAAAACUGGGUCACCUUGAGACUAGAUUUUCUAGCCUAUUGUAGAUGUCAAGUUUCCCAAUUUAUAAAAUUAGGUAUCAUCAAGGGAACAGCUGUUGUCCAAUGGCUGCCAUUACAACAUCUGGACUUUCGAGUUGAAAAGAAUGCAAAAUCAUUGAAAUGCAAAAAUACAGAUGGAAUAUUUGUGUUAAAUAACAGUUCAAUAUAAUUAACUAGACGUGCAUGCACGAAGUUCUACAAAAUAUAUGUAACUACGUGCCGUAGAGUUCAACGAAAGAAUAAGACCUGAUAGAAUUGCAAAUGUAUCGACGCUAUCCAGAUCGACGUGACAUCCUAGAUCUAGGUACGAAAAUACACUAUCCAUAUUUGCGAAACCUCUCUUGCUUAACCAGUUCGGGACGUGCCAAUGAAUUUCAGAAUAAGGAAUGAAAACUCGCGCAAUCUGUUACAAUUGCAAUUCAUUAUCGCCAAUCUCGUAUUUUCGCGCGGAAAUCUAAUUUUGAUAUCGAUCAAUUGUAAACGACUCUAAUUAUCGUUCUGAUUUCCCGUAUGUUUUGUGAUUUAAAUCUGCCAUUUAUUACGAGCCUUUAGACAGUGCUGGAGAUAAACGGGAAUCUAAUAAUGGAUUUCAAAUGUAAAUCGAAGUCUGCACACAUACCUGCUGUUAAGCACAGAAAUGCUU